AUGGGAGAUUACCGUAGAAAGUUAAGGUCUUCAAAAACAACAGCGAUUGAGCAGGUAGAAGAAGAAGCCGCCGUUGAAAAGAGAGAGAUUAAGCAGGAGCCGCUUUAUGAAGAUGAUUUACUGUACAAAGAAGAUCCAGAGAGCCCAAAGACACCACCAACACAGAGCAUCGAAUCGUAUUUCCCUCCCUCGCCAUUUGGUCGCAAAAGGCAUCAGCCUCAUGGAGACAGAUUCAUUCCUUCCAGAGAUCGCAAUCUGACCAGAGAUUUUCAAAUGAUGGAGCAAUCUCCAUCCAACAGUUCGAAACGAUCCAGUGAUGUGAGUGCAUCGAAUACGCCAUCAAACAGUAGAGAAUCGAGACGAAUGAGUGCGUUUUUUCGUGCAGAGCUAUUAGAUGAUUUGUCAGCUGUGGAGGAGUAUGUGUCUCCAGAUUCACCAGCAAGAACACCCAGACGAGUACUGCACUAUACAAACCCAUUCCACAGCAACAACAAUGGCAUCUCGCAUAAUAACACAGUUGCAGUAGCAUCAUCAUCUUCGUCAUCCUCUGCUGCUGAGAGCUCCUACACUAUAGCUUCUGCACACAACACAAGCAGCAGCAGUAAUUCAUCCACAAGUUCAUUAUUUCCUCAUUAUCGACGCUCUCCUGAGCCAUUUGGAAACGGAGAAUCUUCUUCUUCAACACUACCAGUUCUGUCGCCCUCGACAACAGCUACAGACUAUUCAACCGUAGUAGAUCACCCCAACGCAUCUCGAUUCCAAACCUCGCCCAUUGGAGAAGCUGGUCGCCGCAUCCUACUAUCCUCUGACAAGACCAUUCGGCAUAUCAACACCACAGCUAUCAAGAUCUUGGAUGCGCCAGAAUUGCAAGACGAUUUCUAUCUGAAUCUCGUAGAUUGGGGUGCUAAUGAUUGCUUAGCAGUUGGAUUAGGGACAUGUGUUUACUUGUGGAAUGCAAAUACCAGUCGAGUAACAAAGCUUUGUGAUUUCGUUACUGACAACGUGACAUCUGUGAGUUGGGCAACCGUAGGCUCUAUAUUAGCCGUCGGGACAAAUUCUGGUAGAGCCAUUCUAUACGACGCAGAGCACUCAAGACGCAUCAGAACUUGGUCUACGCAUCCCUCUCGAAUUGGCUCGAUGGCGUGGAGAUCCAACAUUUUGACCACAGGCGGUCGAGAUCAUACCAUCUAUCACCAUGAUGUUCGUGCGUCAAGGCCGUAUUUCCGCAAAUUAGUAGGUCAUACUCAAGAGGUGUGUGGUUUGAAAUGGAACCCAGAAGGCACCAUGCUUGCCUCAGGCGGCAAUGACAACAAUCUGCUUGUAUGGGACUCGCAUGAGAAUGCCAUUGCACAUAAGUUCUCUCAGCAUAUUGCUGCCGUGAAAGCCAUUGCUUGGAAUCCACACAGACGUGGUGUUCUGGUCAGUGGUGGCGGUACUGCAGACAAGACCAUCAAGUUCUGGAACACCAUCUCUGGCAAUUUGACUUCUUCUCAUGACACCGGCUCUCAAGUCUGUAAUAUUACUUGGUCUAAAAAAACGGACGAUAUUGUAUCAACACACGGUUAUGCCAACAAUGCAGUGAGCUCCUCCAAUCAGGUCAUUGUCUGGAAAUCCGACAGAAUGCAACGACUGGCCACGUUGACGGGCCAUACAUCUCGUGUACUGUAUAUGGCCAUGAGCAACGAUGGCAGCACGGUGGUUACGGGCGCUGGCGAUGAGACAUUGCGCUUCUGGGACGUAUUUUCCACAGCAGAGGGGAUCAGAGUUGAUCCAGAAGACAGACAAUCAUGUCUGCGUUAA